GUCCUGCCUGCCACAGGUUUCCAAUUGAUGGCUCUGUUGGAAACUCAGGUGGGACCUGAGGUUCAGACGUCGCACGGUGUAGGUGGGCGCAUGCGCAGCGCGCGCUCGCUGGAGCUGGCCGGGCGAGAGUAGAGCUGCCAGGUCUGAAGCAGCCUUCGUGUUGCCGCCUCUCUGCCCGCUCUCUGCCGAACAAAACAAGACAAACCUUACCCGAACCAGACCUACUACGGUCUAACAAACUGGCUAACUCCAUUCUUCCAGAUACUUUUGCCAUAUGAAGUUGAACAUGGCAGAAGAAGAGGACUACAUGUCUGAUUCCUUCAUUAAUGUCCAACAAGACAUCAGACCGGGAUUGCCAAUGCUGAGGCAGAUCCGAGAAGCCCGUCGAAAAGAAGAAAAGCAGCAGGAAGCUAAUUUGAAAAAUAGGCAGAAGAGUUUAAAAGAAGAAGAACAAGAAAGACGUGAUAUUGGGCUGAAGAAUGCAUUAGGCUGUGAAAACAAAGGGUUUGCUCUGCUCCAAAAGAUGGGAUAUAAAAGCGGUCAGGCCCUUGGCAAGAGUGGGGAUGGUAUUGUUGAGCCAAUUCCUCUCAACGUCAAAACAGGGAAAAGUGGUCUUGGUCACGAGGCAUUGCUGAAGCGGAAAGCAGAGGAAAAACUAGAAAGCUACAGGAGAAAGAUUCACAUGCAAAACCAAGCUGAAGAAACAGCUGCAGAGCAGUUUCGACUGCGAUUUAAACAUAAGCACGAUGAAGUGAAGCUGGAAGGAGACCUGAGGAGAAGCCAGCGAGCCUGCCGCCAGUUGGAUACUCAGAAGAACAUUCAGGUUCCGAGGGAAGCGUGGUACUGGUUGGGGCUUGAAGAGGAGACUGAGGAAGAGGAAGAGGAAGAAAAAGAGCCAGAGGAAGAUGAAUAUAAGAGUGAAGACUUAAGUGUACUGGAAAAAUUACAGAUAUUGACUGGUUAUUUAAGAGAAGAACAUCUGUAUUGUAUUUGGUGUGGAACAGCCUAUGAAGAUAAAGAAGACCUCUCUUCAAAUUGCCCAGGACCAACUUCUGCAGAUCACGACUAAGACUAUUCUCAA